AUUGGGUACUUUGACAAGGCAAAAAGAUGAGUGGGUAAAUCCCAGUGGAGUGAAAUAACAGGACUGCAACAAAGACAAAGACAAAUCCCAGUAGAGUGAAGAAACAAGACUGCAACAAAGACAAAAAGGAAGCAAAGACGAAGGGAAGGAGAAGGAGAAAAUGUUGAAGUUCCUAUCGAAGGUACGGAUCGAGUUCAAUGCAUUGGACCCACGCAUAGCAUCAUGUAUGGAGUUCUUAGCCCAGUGCAACGCCCGCAAAGCCAAAGAAUCGAAUCCAGCGUGCCAGGUUCAAGUCAAGCGCCGUACCGACGAUCACCCGCCCCAAAUUGCAGUUACUUUUGUCAACGGAGUGGAAGAAGUUUUCAAUGCCACUUCGACUCCUGCUCAGACCAUAAGGAAUAUGAUCCUCGAGAAAGGUCAGCUCCUUGAGACAGAGCAAAUGUUCCGUGAAGCGGGCGAGAAGUGGCCCGUUAUUAUACCCGAGGAGGAGCUUCACCAAUCGUUUCCCGGAACCAAGCCAAGGAAAGCAGAAGAGAAGAAGCAGUGACUCCAAUCUGUCUGAGCUACCCAAUAUACUGGGUGUCACUUUGGAAGAUUAUCAAAAUGUUCCAGCCUGAGAAUGUACCUCAUAUGAACAUCAUUUUGAAACCUGAUUUAUGCUGCUAGAAUGUGUUUCUUAAUCUUCCUAGUUUUGGGUGUACCCAGUUUAUGCUAUUAAACUCUCUUUGUGUGAGUUUCUUGUUAAAAUCUCAUUCCAGUGUUUAGUUUUGGGUGUAUCCAGUUUAUGCCAUUGAACUCUCUUUGUAUGAGUCUCAUUAAAAUCUCAUUCAGUGUUUUCAUU